AGGGGACGCCAUGUUUACACUGUAAUUCGUGUGUACGGUUCGAGGUGUACGGUGUGUACGAGUGUCUCGUGUCCAUCCGUUAUUUUGCGUGUAAUAAUGCUUACUUAUUUAUUCACGUAGCGCAACGCGUUCGAAUACCGGUUCACGUACUUUCGACUGAUACGACGAUAUACGUAAUUGCAUCGCGUUGCCGCGCAAACGUUUUUCCCUUGAAAGCACGCAGCCGAGCUGGCCUCUCGCGUAUACGCGGUACUCGUAGCUAAAUGUCCCCUCCGUUUCUCGAAACAUUGUUUACAAGCAGGCCCACGCUACUGGACGACCGUGCGAUGAUCCGCGAGGCGCGAGAUUUAUUCUAGAACACGAUCCUCCCCGCAGUUGCAGUGCGAUUUGCCGUUACUACCGCGUAAUGUCGUACUAGCGUGUGCAUUUGUGUAUUUUAUAACCUGACCACACGAGCCAAGUACCUCUUGCUCUUGUACAUCUUCUUUAUCAUGUCAUUGCAUCUUUGACGAAACAUUAUCAAAAGCGCUGUAUACUUAAAAGAUAUCACGAUGUGGCAGACGCAAAGUAAUAACAAUUCCAACUCGAACUCUACGUCAGGCGAAAGGAAUAAUUUGCGUACUCUGGGUAUGACCUCUGCUAUUAGCGUGGCGGAGCCGAAACCUAUGGAUAUUGCUAGAACCAACGAACUGAAAGAGGCCCUGAAACCCUACAAUGUUUUCGAGUCUGAGGAAGAAUUGAAUCAUAGGAUGGAGAUUUUGAGCAAGCUGAACGCACUGGUUAAACAAUGGAUAAGAGAUACGAGCAUAGCCAGAAAUAUGCCACCGAACGUGGCCGAACAAGUUGGCGGCAAAAUAUACACGUUUGGCUCGUAUAGGUUAGGCGUGCAUCACAAAGGUGCUGAUAUUGAUGCGUUAUGUGUUGUACCACGUCACAUAUAUAGAUCAGAUUAUUUUACAUCAUUUUUUGAAUUGCUGAAAAUGCAGGAGGAAGUUACAGAUUUAAGGGCAGUAGAAGAAGCCUUCGUACCAGUUAUAAAAAUGAAUUUCGAUGGUAUCGAGAUUGACAUGUUAUUUGCAAAGUUAACUCUUAAGGAAAUUCCAGAUUCAAUGGAUCUCAGGGAUGACAUGCUUCUCAAGAAUCUUGAUCAAAAGUGUGUCAGAAGUCUCAAUGGUUGCAGAGUAACAGAUGAGAUAUUACGUUUAGUACCUAACAUAGAAAACUUCAGAUUGGCUCUUAGAGCUAUAAAAUUAUGGGCGAAAAGACAUGGCAUAUACAGCAAUGUCUUAGGUUAUCUUGGCGGCGUGUCCUGGGCGAUGCUGGUCGCUAGAACAUGUCAGCUGUAUCCCAACGCUGUGGCUGCGACUCUGAUAGAAAAAUUUUUCCUCGUAUUCUCUCAAUGGAAGUGGCCACAACCAGUGCUCCUGAAACAACCCGAUAACGUUAAUCUGGGCUAUCCAGUUUGGGAUCCAAGAGUAAAUGUUUCGGACAGAUAUCAUCUGAUGCCGAUCAUUACGCCAGCAUAUCCUCAACAGAAUUCUACCUUCAACGUGUCGGUGUCGACUCGAACCAUCAUGCAAGAGGCGUUCGAAAAUGGAUUGGCCAUAACCGAAGAGAUAAUCAUGGGUAAAGCAACGUGGGACAAACUGUUCGAACCACCCAAUUUCUUCGGCAAAUACAAGCACUACAUUGUAUUGCUGGCCAGAAGUUCGAGCGCGGAGGAUCAGCUUGAGUGGUGCGGCCUCGUCGAAUCAAAAAUACGACAUUUAAUAGGUACAUUGGAAAGAAAUCCUCACAUUACCCUGGCACACGUUAACCCGGAAGCAUUUCCACCAUUGGAUCCCGAACCGGGCAAGCAUUGUUCCAUGUGGUUCAUCGGCCUGUCAUUUGCCAAAAGCGAGAGCCUCAACAUUGACCUCACAUACGAUAUUAAAUCCUUUGUAGAAACAAUUGAGAGACAAGCAGAACAAAUAAAUAUGCUGAAGGAGGGAAUGUGGAUCGAGGCUAAGCACGUAAAGAGAAAGGACUUGCACACUUACGUAUCUCCAAGUUUAUUGAAGAAGGAAAAGAAGGUUUCCAGUGGUGUACAUCGAAACGGCAACAUAGCUGGAAAUGGAAACAGUGGUAGUGUAUCACCGCGGAACCAACAAGGCGAAACAACCAACAGGAAAAGAUUGUCGGAUCAAGUUAGUUGCGGCAAGAAAAGAAGAGUUAAUGACGCAGAGGAACAAGUAGGUAACCUGCAGUCGUUACCACAAUUUAAUCGAUUAAGACGAAAUGGGAGCUGUGUUACGGAAAACGCAUCUUUAAUAAGCCAAACAUGUGGAGACGAUAGCAAUUCUGGGUUUAGCAUGGACGAAUACAAGCAGAGUCUAUCGGCUACCAAGGACGUAAGACAUUGAAGGACCUACUAGUACGUCCACGGUAGCGCAAGAGGGAUUCGUAUGCACUUGAUGAUCACUGCGGGAUUGUUGUCGUACAAAUCCACAGACGCGCCCCUGUGUCAUCUAGACUCUAAACUUUCACGCAACCAUCCACUGCCCACUGUAAGUUCUUCGUUUCGUAAAGCAAAUCAGCAUUAUGCAAUGGAGGGAACCUAUUUGGGUAGAGUCAAUCGGUAGAUGACUAUGUGUGUGCGACGGACUAUAAUUAAUACUAUUUAUAAAAAGAAAAAAAAACAUCGACAGUCAAUGGGAACAAUUUACACAAUUGUGCCAGUGUCUGUGAUGUGCUGGCCCAUUAUAUCACGGGAUUGUAUGAUAGUUCUGAGAUAAUUCAAGGAAGUGGCGAGGAUUAUAUAUUAUCGCUUGGAAACGAAUCAAUAAUGAUACUUUUUAUAUUUCCUUUUUGUAUAUAUCUUUACAUUAUGCCUUUCUUUUUUUUUUAUCGAUAAACAAUUGAACGAGAAACUUAAGAUUUGAUAAUACUUGAUGUUUCAUAAUUUUACGUAAUUCUCAUGACGAACAGACAUAGUUCAAUCGAAAAAAUUUGCAUGUAUGGAAAUUUCCGUAUCCGCGAAUGUUUCCGCAUGCUAAAAAAAACAAAAACAAAAAAUGAAAUAUAUUCUCUUAUAUAUAUAAAGUGCAUUUUUUGUAAUGCACAGCAAAAUAUGUUUUGAAACAAUGUGUAUCGUUUAGUUGUAAGUAGCUUGUAUAUUUUGUUACUCAGAUUAGAACGCAAGUCACAAGCGUCCGUGAUCCAUGCUUCAGAGCUUGCAAGUAAUAUCGUUGAUUUCGAACGCUCUACAGUUUAUACUGAACAUAAACUGUUAUUUAUGCGAUACUUAAUAUUUGAUAUUAUUUGUAAGGAUUAAGUAUCCCCCGCGAUGCAGAGUAGAUAGUAUCAUUUGCUCCUAUCGAUUACCGUUGUAUUUAUAACAACGGAAGUUAAUGAUUUACCGCCUCUCGCUUUAUAAUUGUAAUGCAAUUAUAUUGGUCAUAUAAUUGCAUUGCAAAAGUCACCGACACUGGCAUAAACCUCAGGAUGUUUCAUCUACAAAGUAUAAAGUACCGAAUAUAUGAGGCAUAGCAUAAUACUCGUUAAAAUAAAAAAAAA